UAUGGCUAGACUAAGUCUGCCCAGGUUAGAUACCUAGCUAGCUAUCUAAUAUAGCGAAGUUAUCUAAAGGUAUUGCUGUACAGACAACAAUCUGGAUCCUGCUUUACUUUUAUGUCCAAAUGCUUACAUAUACCCAUAUACCAGUUGAUGUUCGUUUUACCAAAUUUUUGUAAAAUAGCUGGUUGACUGGUUAGCUGACACUACGUUUAACCCAUGGAAAGAGAUUACCCUUGUUUCUGCUACGGUCAGCCGGAAAGCUAUGGAGGACCAGGUGGUUGAAAAUGAAGUUGGAUAUCAAGAUGACGAGGAGUCCUUUUUCCAAGACAUCGACCUUUUACAGAAACAUGGGAUUAAUGUGGCAGAUAUCAAGAAGCUGAAGUCUAUUGGUAUCUGCACAGUAAAGGGGAUUCAGAUGACCACCCGCCGUGCUCUUUGUAAUGUCAAAGGCUUGUCUGAGGCCAAGGUUGACAAAAUCAAAGAGGCUGCUGGGAAAUUGCUGAGCAAUGGUUUCUUGACAGCAUUUGAAUAUAGCGAGAGAAGAAAACAAGUGUUCCACAUCACAACAGGCAGUCUGGAGUUUGACAAACUCAUUGGUGGAGGUAUUGAGAGUAUGGCUAUAACAGAGGCUUUUGGUGAAUUCAGGACGGGCAAGACCCAGCUCUCUCAUACAUUAUGUGUGACGGCUCAGCUCCCUGGAGAGGACGGAUACACAGGAGGGAAGGUCAUCUUCAUUGACACUGAGAACACCUUUCGGCCAGACAGGCUGAAGGAUAUAGCAGACCGGUUCAGUGUGGACCAGGAGGCUGUGCUGGACAAUGUGUUAUACGCUCGUGCCUACACCAGCGAACAUCAGAUGGAGCUGUUGGACUUUGUGGCGGCCAAAUUCCACGAGGAGGGAGGCGUAUUCAAACUGCUGAUCAUCGACUCCAUUAUGGCUCUGUUCCGGGUGGAUUUCUCUGGCCGGGGGGAGCUGGCAGAGAGACAGCAGAAACUGGCUCAGAUGCUUUCCCGACUGCAGAAGAUCUCUGAAGAGUACAACGUGGCCGUGUUUGUUACCAACCAGAUGACGGCAGACCCCGGAGCUGGGAUGACGUUUCAGGCGGAUCCCAAGAAGCCUAUUGGAGGACACAUUUUAGCGCAUGCCUCAACCACACGAAUCAGCUUGAGGAAAGGGAGGGGAGAGAUGAGGAUUGCUAAAAUAUUUGACAGCCCUGACAUGCCAGAAAAUGAAGCCACUUUCGCCAUCACUGCAGGAGGGAUAGCUGAUGCCAAAGAGUGAAAAGGCCACUGUGGAUUUAAGGAUGGACAAGAUGGUGGACAGAAACAUUUACAUUUACAUGUUGGAAUCUUGAAUAGUAUCAUUUGAUCAGUUUUGUACAUUGUGUUUGUGUUAAUUUGUCUCUAUGUAUUACAUUGACACUUAAUAUAAUAUGGUUGUGUGUUCAUAAUUAAACGUUGUAAAGGGAA